GUCGUUGUUUCGUUUCCUCAGAUCAAUUCUCUCAGAGAGACCUAUUUGACAUUUUAUUUACCAUCUCAAUCUUCUUUUCCUCAGAUUUUCUUCUUCCUCUCUCACACACACAAGCCCCAAAACGACAACGUUUUCAAAACCCAACACCAGUCGACGCUUUUGGACCUUCCUUUCUUCCUCCUUCUCUCCUGAUUAACCGAUUUCGAUUUCCCCACAAUGCCUUAAGGGUUUUGAUUCUCUCUCCCUAAAAAUCUCAAAUUUAACAAAAAAAAAAAACCCUAAUUUAGAUCUUUGAUCUCUAAUCCUCUUUAAUGGGUUCCUCCUCCGAUAUCGUCCCUGACCGAUCUCCCCUUAACCACCACUCUCCCGCCGACGAUGUAGCUCCGGUUACAGAUACCAAAAUUCCAAAGGAGGAGCCUUCGACGCUUAGGAGAACGCGUCCUUCACGGGCUUGUACUGUUAGGGCACAGCAGCGGCUUCAGGAGCUUCAAGCGGCGGAGAGAAAGCUUAAGCCGCCUAAGAAGGAGUAUAAACGAGAGCAGCAUCGACGGAGAGAAGAGGUUGUGGAGGAAGAUGAGGAUGUGGAUGAUGAUGAUGAUCAAGAGGAAGAAGAGGACGGAGAUGAUGAGAGUAAGCCGAAGCAAUGCGUUGCUGGUGGAAGUUCUGCUAAAAUCAUUACUUCUCUUGUUCCACCACCGGAACCUUCACAGAUGCCGCGAUGGAAUCUUCGUUCUAUGUGGGAACUUGCUUCUGUGCUCAAUUUCUUGCAUGUAUUCAGACCGCUUUUGAAAAUCAAUGCGGAGUUUUCAGCGGAGGAGUUUGAAACGGCUUUGCUUACUCCAAACGAUACUUUAAGUGAUAUUCAUAUUCCUCUGCUAAAGGCCAUUCCUCCUGUAACUCGAAUGGCUCUCACCCGUGAUACCUGGGUAACUGUCCUGUGCAGAAAAAUAAGAGAUUGCUGGCAUUGGGUCGCGGAAGGGGACCUCCCUAUUGUUGCCUCGCAAGGGCGGGAAAUUGAAGCGUACAAAAAUCUUGAUCCAGCCAUCCGUGUGGUGAUUUUAAAAGCGUUAUGUGAUAUUCGUGUUGAGCAAGAGGAUAUCAGGAGCUACAUUGACAACUCUCUUAAAACUGGUGUUCACCUGUCAGUUUUUCGCAAAGAUCGUGUUGGGGGUGAUUCACAUGGAGUUAAUUUUUGGUAUGAGGAUGAUCCCUUAAUUGGUCACCGUCUAUAUCGGGAAAUAAGGAAAGCAGAGGUGUUGAAGGUCAAAACAAAGGGUUCCAAGAUUCAUCCUAACAUAACAUACCAAUGGGAAACUGUUGCCACUAAUUUCGAUGAAUUUCAAGAUGUUUCUGAAAAACUUCUUCAGAGUAGUAGUAGAAUUGAAGUUUCUCUAGGGAAGAAGUUAGUGAAAGAUAUGCUUCCUGAGAUAGAAAAAGAACACAAGAGGAAAGAAAAAUUGUUGAAAAAGCAACACAGACAGGCUCUCCUCCUUGAUAACUUUGUGGUUGUUGAUGGUCUUGCUGGGCGAUCUCUCCGUGAUAGGAAACCAGUUAGAUACACUUUUGAUGAUUAUGAUAAGUCCAUAAAUGAUGCUAUCAAGAUAACAAAGAAGAAACAUCCAUCACCAGAACCUCCUCUCAAUAGAAGAGAAUCUGCCAGAUUGGACGCUCUUGCGAAUGGCAGAUCGACCAGUUCAACCCACCCUACUGAGCCUGUGAACGAUACAGCAUCUGGGAGAUCUUCUGAUUUUGCUGAUUAUGAUGAUUUCGAUGAGCAUAGAGAUGAAUCAUUGGACAGAAGUAACAGGCGCAGACAACGACCUCAACGAUAUUCAGCUACGGACUUUGUUGAAACUGUUUCAGACAAUGAGGUAGAAUUUCAAAGUGACGAUGACAUAUAUGGGGAAGCAGUUUAUGAUGAAGAAUAUCUGAGGAAGCGUAAACAGAAAAAGCUCUCUAGUGGUUCUGAGGGAGAGGAAGAAAAGGGAGAUGAAGAGUACAAAUGGGAUGAAGACAAUGCCGAGUAUGAGGAAGAAGAAGAAGAGGAAGAAGAAGAAGAUUCUCUAAGUGCAAGUGAAGAGGAUAGUGAUGAACCCCGGAGGGCUAAGAAAAUGCCACGGAGAGAAACUAAGUUAAGAUCAAGAUCAAAUGAUUUUCGGCCAGGCCUGAGACGUAGCAAAAGAGCCACGAGAAUCGAUUACCAACAAUAUGAGCUCUCAGACUCAGACAAAGAAGCAACAGGAUUGGCAAAACGUAAGCGGUUGGUUGAGCCGGAUGAACCUUCUGAUGAAACAGGGAAUGGGGAUUUCACAAUGGGAAGUCAGGACUCUGAAGAAAAUGCAAAUGGCCCAGAAACAAAAUCUGGUGAAGAAGAAGUUGAAGAAGAAGAGCCGAGAGAGUUCAAUGACAAUGCAGAGACAACAAAUGGUAAAGAGAAUAACCAACUUAACAAAUCAAACGGCACAACAGACCAAGAAGAAGUUGAGGGUGUAGUAGGCAAAAGGCGUUACCUUGACUUAAACGAGCUGGCCCCUGUGUCUGGUUUUGAUGAUGGUCCAAGACUUAGGAGGUGUGGGAAGAGUUGCAGAGUGAGAAAGACUGAUCAUUCAGGAACUAAGCAUGAGAGCUUCACUUCUGAAGAAGAAGAUCUGAUCAUCAAGAUGCACGCAGCAAUGGGAAGCAGAUGGCAACUUAUUGCACAACAUUUACCAGGAAAGACAGAAGAAGAAGUGAAGAUGUUUUGGAACACAAAACUAAAGAAGAAACUGUCUGAGAUGGGGAUAGAUCACGUCACUCACCGUCCCUUUUCUCACGUACUUGCUGAAUACGGCAACAUCAAUGGUGGUGGAAACCUAAACCCUAAUCCCUUGAACCAAGCCGGAUCUCUUGGACGUAAUCACUCGCUCAACGAUGAUGCUAAUCAACAACAACAACCUGAUGAUUCAGGAGAUCUCAUGUUUCAUUUACAAGCAAUCAAGCUUAUGACCGAGUCAUCGAACCAAGUCAAGCCCGAAUCUACGUUUGUGUACGCCUCUUCUUCUUCUUCUAAUUCGUCUCCUCCGUUAUUCUCUUCAACUUGUUCUACCAUUGCUCAGGAGAAUUUAGAGGUUAACUUCACUUGGUCUGACUUUCUUCUUGACCAAGAAACCUUUCAUGAAAACAAACAGAAUCAUCCUCAAGAACUAGACAGCUUGUUUGGGAACGACUUCUCUGAGGCAGCAGCAGCUACGAUGACUAAUUCAUCAACUGUAGCUCCUCACAUUGAAGAAGAAUCUUCCUGCAACGGGUUUGUUGAAUCUAUCAUAGCUAAAGAAAAAGAGUUGUUCAUGGGAUUCCCUAGCUAUUUGGAGCAGCCUUUCCAUUUCUAGUUUAUCUUAUCUUAUUGUCAAUUACUCAAUAAAGAAACAAUCUAAUAAAGAGAAAGAGUUGCUUCUUAUAAAUCUGCGAUUUUUUC